GCUCACCCGCACUGCCUCUUCUGCUGGCGCGUCGGGCGGUGACACGGUGUGUCGUCUAGCCUCCUCACCUCACAGUGGUCGCUGAGCGAGGCGAGAGCUCGGCGAAGCGCGUUCCCAUCAUCGGCGGCACAACCAGCGGCUAUGGAGCGGGAGCUCGAGAUUCGGCAGCCGGCCAACCCCGUGGAGACGGCCAGCUGCGUUUCCAGGCUUCUCUUCAGCUGGGUAACUCCACUCUUCCGCAAGGGCUACCGGCGCACCCUGCAAGUGGAGGACCUCUACGCUUGCCCAAAGUGGGAGCGCUCCGAGAGGAAGGCUGAUCGACUCCAGGCAGAAUGGGACAAGGAGAUCAGGCGGAUGAAACAAGGCAAGCGGCCCAAUCUUCUCAACGCCAUAUUCAGGGCUUUUGGAUUCACCUACGUCAUGGUAUCGCUACUCAUGCUGAUAGAGGAGUGCUUCAAGAAUGUGAUGCAGCCAGUGAUGCUGGGAUGGGUGGUGCGCUACUUCGCCGCCCCGGAGUCAAUCAGCAAGACUGAGUUCUACUUAUCAGCAGCUGGGGUCUCCAUCCUGGGAGGAAUGCACAUCUUCACGCACCACCCGUACUUUUUCAACAUGCAGAGAAUAGGCAUGCGUAUUCGCAUCGCGUGCUGCAGCCUCGUUUACAGAAAGGCACUGCGUUUGAGCCAGGCAGCACUGUCAAAGACAGCCGUCGGACAAAUGGUCAACCUGCUUUCUAACGACGUGAAUAGGUUUGACCAGUCGGUGCUGUUCGUUCCGUACCUGGUGGCGGGCCCCCUGCAGACAGCCAUCAUAACGUGGGUGUUGUGGCAGCAUCUAGGAAUCAGCUGCAUUGCGGGCAUCUCGUUUGUCCUGCUCUACAUACCCUUCCAGGGAUGCCUGGGAAGGGCCUUCUCCAGGCUCAGGGCGAAGACAGCGGCUCUGACCGACGAGCGCAUCCGAUUGGUCAACGAGUUCGUUGCGGGAAUGCGUGUCAUCAAGAUGUACACUUGGGAGACACCCUUCGCCAAUCUGGUGAACGACAUGCGCAAACGCGAGGUGCGCAAGAUCCAGCAGACGUCGGUGCUUCGUGCCGUGAACAUGGGCAUGUUCUUCAUGUCAUCCAAGCUGGUGCUGUUCCUGUGCUUCGUCACGUUCGCGCUUCUCGGGAACACGCUCACGUCGGAGUGCGUGUUCGUCAGCAUGUCGCUGUUCAACAGCCUGCGGCUCGCCAUGACUCUCUACUUCCCCUUCGGAGUUGGACAGGGCGCCGAGACGCUGAUAUCUCUCAAGAGGUUGCAGAAGUUUCUUCUGCUGGAAGAGCAAGAGCAGACCGGUACAUUGCACGGCUCCAAGCUGCGCCCCAAGAUGCACAACUGCCGCGUGGAGCUGCAGAAUGCCACGGCGUCCUGGACAAAGGAGUCUCCCGAGCCGACGCUGCAGAAUAUCACAGUUACCGUGAAGCCCGGUGAGCUGCUGGUCGUCAUUGGGCCCGUGGGCUGCGGCAAGACGUCGCUGCUGAUGACCAUCUUGGGCGAGCUGCGGCUGUCAGCUGGCAGUGCCAAAGCUCUUGGCCGCAUCGCUUACGCUUCGCAAGAACCAUGGAUGUUCACUGGCAGCCUCAGGAACAACGUGGUCUUUGACAGCGCCUACGAUCGGGAACGCUACCGGAGGGUCAUACACGCCGCCGCCAUGGAAAGGGACCUGACACUACUACCCUAUGGAGACCGGACCCUUGUGGGUGACAGAGGGGUAUCUCUUAGUGGAGGACAGAAGGCCAGGGUUAACCUUGCCAGGGCACUCUACUACGACGCCGACAUCUAUCUGCUGGAUGAUCCUUUGAGUGCUGUCGACACUGCCGUCGCAAAGCAUCUCUUCGAAGUCUGCAUCCGGGGAUACCUGAAGAACAAGAUCGUCAUACUCUGCACUCAUCAGCUGCAGUUUUUGAAGUCUGCGAACCACAUCCUCGUCCUGAAGGAGGGCAAGAUGCUCGGUUUCGGCAAUUACCGGCAGCUGCAGAGCGCUGGCAUCGAUUUCGGCUCGCUGCUCGAGGAGAAAGCAACCGACGGUGUGCUGGAGUCUCGCCGGAGCUCGCACGGCGUCGACCCAUUCGAUGGCAGCCCCCUGACCGAGGAGGUGUACAGCGCGCCCGUGGGCAGCGAGACGCUGGACGCCGCCUCGCCUGGCGCCUUCUACGAAUCCAACUUAUCUCUGGCCGGCUCGUACGACGAUGCUCGCUCCGACAUUUACCAGAGCACGUCCGAUCUCAAGGGCAGCGAAGCCAAGCAGCCUGCAGAGUCGGAAGAGGCUCGCAGCACGGGCUCCGUCAAGGGCCACGUCUACUGGAGCUACAUGCGUGCUGGGGCGGGUCCGCUACUGAUGCCCCUGCUCUUUGUUAGCAGCAUACUUGCGCAAGCCAUCUUCAACGGCAGCGACUUCUGGCUUACUUACUGGACGAGCCAGUCUGAGGGCGCUGCAAGGGCUUCCGCCAUGCUGUUAAACGCAACUGAGGCCGCACUUGAGGUUGACAACGGCACUGCUGCAAUGGCGACGGCAGUCAGCUUGCUGAAUAGCACAGAGCAAGUGGCGCUUCUGCUGUCCGGCUGGACAGAAUGGUGGUCCUCCCUGGACACCGUGACGUACAACGUAGUGGUGUACGCUAUCAUCAUCGGCGGCCUCAUCCUCUCGUCAAUGGUCCGCACUGUGGCCUUCUUCGUCAUGUGCAUGCGGGCAUCGGUGAAUCUGCACAACCGCAUGUUCCGUUGCAUAAUCCGCGCGCCGAUACAUUUCUUCGACACGAACCCAAUCGGUAGAAUACAAAAUCGCUUUGCCAAGGACUUGGGUACCAUCGAUGACCUUCUUCCACCGACCGGCCUGGACAUCACAUUUAUAUUCCUGAACCUGGUCGGUGUUCUGGUGGUGGUGGCAGUUAUCAGCCCCUGGAUUAUCAUCCCCACUCUGAUCCUAUUCGUGGUUUUCUUCUACCUACGCCGGUUCUACAUGAGGACGGCCAGAGACGUUAAGCGGCUGGAGGGAGUGACACGCAGCCCCGUCUUCUCCCACCUGAGCACCUCCUUGUACGGGCUGACCACCAUCCGAGCAUUCAACGCGCAGCGGACCUUCGAGCGCAUGUUCGACCUGAAGCAAGACCACCACACAUCGGCUUGGUACAUGUUCCUCUGCACGGCUCGCUGGUUCGGCAUCACGUUGGACUCCAUCUGCUUCGCCUACAUCACCGUCGUCACAAUGUCCCUGGCCCUGUCGUCGGACGGUUCAGUGUCUGGCGGUGGUGUUGGUCUAGCCAUCGCAAAUGCUCUUAUGCUAACUGGAAUGUUCCAGUGGGGCGUGCGACAGUCGGCAGAGAUUGAAAGUCAGAUGACUUCGGUGGAACGCGUGCUCGAGUACAGCAGCGUGCAACCUGAGGCCGAGCUGCAGUCUUCGCCAGGCAGGAAACCGCCGUCCACGUGGCCCGAGCAUGGUGCCAUAACACUUGACGGCAUGUCCCUGUCGUACUCGAAGGACGAGACUCCUGUGCUUAAGGACCUUCGCUGUCACAUAAAAGCCAUGGAGAAGAUUGGCGUUGUUGGCCGCACGGGUGCGGGCAAGAGCUCCAUCAUCGCCGCACUCUUCCGCAUGACGGAGCCCGACGGCCCCAUCCUCAUUGAUGGAGUUGACAUCAGAUUCAUCGGUCUUCAUGACCUGCGCAGCAAAAUCUCGAUAAUUCCACAGGAUCCGGUUUUGUUCACGGGGCCAGUAAGGCGCAACUUGGAUCCGUUCUCGGAACACGGCGACGAACAGCUCUGGAAGGCCCUGGAAGAGGUGCGCCUGAAGGCUUCCAUCGAAGAUCUUCCUGGUGGGCUCUCGGCCCAAGUGUCCGAAGGGGGCGGCAACUUCAGCGUGGGUCAGCGCCAGCUCAUUUGUCUUGCAAGGGCCGUACUUCGACAAAACAAGAUACUCGUCAUGGAUGAGGCAACGGCCAACGUGGACCCUAGGACUGAUGCUCUAAUCCAGAAUACUAUCCGGGAGAACUUCACCAACUGCACGGUGAUCACAAUCGCCCACAGGCUGCAUACGAUCAUGGACUCGGAUCGUGUCAUUGUACUUGACGCAGGCCGUAUCAUCGAGUUCGAUGAGCCUUACGAACUGAUGAAAAACGAGUUUAGCCAAUUUACCACCAUGGUUCAGCACACCGGCGCCUCUACGGCACGCCAACUCUGGAAGGUGGCAUGCCAAGCGCAUGCGCAGAGACGGCCAAACUCACAUCAUGAAGCUCAUGGACUUGACACCGACUACAUAGAAGAGAUACCGCAGUGGUUUGUGGCUUCGCGCCCAGACGUUGUGAUUUCUGGCCGAGCAACGGAAGUCAUUCAAGAAGAAGACGGCGACACGGAAGAUGGCCAGCACUGCACGAGCUUCUGAUCCAGCAAGCAUUCUGCAUGCUCGCCACGUGGAGCGCAUCACCUGCACUCUGCGCGAGUGCCUAGCCACGUGACACAUGAAAAGACAACGUAGUAACGCGAUCACCAACCCCAAGAGAAUAAAAUAAUUUGGAAAGACA